AAUUGUCAUAUUUUUUCUGGGUUUCUUUCUCACCGUGCCACCGUACGCGUUACCAUCAUCGGCAUUCGGCACUUUCUACACGCAACCAUCACCUUCCCUUUCCCAUCAUCUCCUCCAGAGUCCAAUCGCCAAAACAACCAAUUUUGACGUUUCAGUCGCUGCACCUUGUCCGCUCUGCGCGUGUCCCGUGCUCUUCUCCAUCCGGUUCAAGCAGAAAAGCCAAAGUUGAAAAAAUCUGAAAGAAGAAAAACCCUUAAAUUUGCUGCUUCCAAUCCCAAUGGAGGUGAAUCUAUGGAACGACAAGCGUGAGCGGGAGAUGUACGACAACUUCGCAGACCUCUACGCCAUUAUCAAGGUCACGGAGAAGCUCGAAAAAGCCUACGUUCGAGACAUCAUUUCUUCAGCCGCGUACGAGCCCGAGUGCCUCAAGCUUAUUGCCCAAUUCAAGACCUUGACUUCUACGCUCAAGGACACGGUCCCCAGCAUUGAGCGCUUCGUCGACACCUACAAGAUGGAUUGCCCUGCUGCCCUUAAUCGCCUCAUUGUCUCCGGAGUCCCUGCCACGAUUGAACACCGGGCUGCUGCAGCUGCGUCUUCUACGACUUCGGCAUCCGUUGUUGCUGAGUGUGUGCAGAAUUUUAUCACCGCAAUGGACUCGUUGAAGCUUAACAUGGUUGCCGUUGACCAGGUUUACCCUUUGCUUUCUGACCUCUCUGCUUCUCUUAACAAGCUCAGUAUAUUGCCCCCUGAUUUUGACGGAAGGGUCAAGAUGAAAGAGUGGAUUUCGAGGCUUUCCAAAAUGGGGGCUUCUGAUGAACUGACAGAGCAGCAGUCGAGGCAACUGCACUUUGACCUAGAGUCGUCUUAUAACUCCUUCAUGGCUGCCCUGCCGAAUGCUGGCAACUGAUUGUUUCGCAUAAGCUUGAAAGUAUGUUGGUUGCAGAUUGGCUAUCUGUACAUACUGCUGAAGUUGGAAAACUUUAGAGUUGGAUGCACAUUUGGAGGGCAGUUCAAGCCAUGGUUUGAUGAUCUGGCAGGUUUGAUCGUGUAAUUCAUUGUAGUUCUUAUUAUUAUUUGGUUGGUUCGAUGUUUACUGGAAAACCAUCCGAUGUUAUCUUUUGACGGUCCUCUGUAUCUUUUAGUCUCUGUUAGAAUAGUGAUAAAUGUAAUGUAUUUUUUGAACAACUGGUAAAUGUGUGAAAAGUCUAAUAUGUAAAAAGCUUUUAAUGAAGACAUUUUUCUCCUUGCUUCUUA